AUGCAGCUGAAGCAAGGUUCCCUUUCUGUGGCAGAUUACACCAACAAGUUUGAGGAACUCUGUAGGUUUUCUAGGGUAUGUCAAGGUGCCCCAGAGACUUACGAGAGCUGGAAGUGCAUUAAGUACCAGAGAGGUUUAAAGGAUACCAUUACGACUGCUGUGGCGCCUUUGGAGAUCCGUGUCUUCUCUGACUUAGUGAACAAGGCUAGAGUACUGGAAGAGUAUGCCAAGACCGUGGCGGCAUCCAAGGACACUCAUGGAGGGAGCUCUAGUCGGGGGCGUGGCAGGUAUUUUCAUCCUAGAGGGCAAAGCUUCAAGAGAGGAGGAUAUGCGCUUCAAGGUCAAGGAGGUGGUUAUUUCAAUUGUGGGUUACCUGGCCACAUUGCGAGGGAUUGCACUCGUGGGAGGAACCAGAAUGCAGGCCAGAAUCAGCAUCAAGGUCGGGUCUUUGCUGUGAACGCCAAGGAUGCUUCUAAGGCGGAUCCGUUGAUGAGAGGUAUAUAUCUAAUUGGUGAUAAGUCCUUAGUUGCAUUAUAUGAUACUAGAGCUUCGCAUUCGUUUAUUUCAUUUGCUAAAGUUGAGGAAUUAGCUUUGAAAGUGUCAGAGUUACUUUUUGAUCUGCAUGGUUAUAUUCUGUUGGCUGCUAAUGCGUUGGGUGAUGCCCAGAACUUAGAUCACAUACCGGUGGUUAAAGAUUUUCCAGAAGUAUUCCCAAAAGAUAUCCCUGAGUUUCCACCUCAAAGGGAAAUUGAAUUUGCGAUUGAAUUGGUGCCGGGAGCCGGACCAGUGUCGAUUGCGCCUUAUAGAAUGGCUCCGAUAGAGCUGGCAGAGUUAAAAACUCAGUUGAAAGAGCUUCUGAACAAGAGAGUGUUUCGUCCCUUUUUGGACAAAUUCGUGGUGGUUUUCAUAGAUGACAUCUUAGUUUAUUCUAAGACGGUGAUAGAGCAUGAGGAGCACUUGAGGAUUGUGCUACAAAUUCUAAAGGAGCGAAAGUUGUACGCUAAGUUGUCAAAGUGCGAGUUCUGGAAGGAAGAAGUAAAGUUCUUAGGCCACGUGGUGAGCAAACGAGGAAUAGCUGUAGAUCCUUCUAAGGUGGAAGCAGUGAUGGAGUGGGAAAGACUGACGACGGUGACGGAAGUAAGAAGCUUUUUGGGUUUAGCCAAAUAUUACCGGAGAUUUAUCGAAGGAUUUUCCCGGAUUGCAUUACCGAUGACGAAGUUAACAAGGAAAGAAGUGCCAUUCGUGUGGACAUCGGAGUGCGAAGAGAGUUUUCAAACUUUGAAGUAG